AUGUGCAGAUCUCUCAAAACCAAAACUUCUGAUGUUGAAAAACCAACAGCACCUCCAGAUCCGGACCGGUCGAGUUUGGAGCACAAGCCGACCCAAACGGCUACCCAUAAACCACUGCAGGGUGUCAAACCACCAACGUCUUCUACGAAAAGGACUGAGGCAAACGCAUACUUCCAGAUAGAAUUAGAAUGCCUCAACAUCAUGAAUGUCGACAACUUUGCCAUUCGCUUUCAACAAAUAAUCUAUUUAUAUUUCGCAAAAAAUUAUGGGUACACGAAAACGCAAAUGACAAAAAAUUUGAGUAUAGAAUGCUCGAUUAAGAAGUUGAAAAAAAACUAA